CGGCGUUACCGUUAUGAAAUCUCACGAAUCGUGCGUGCGAUGUUUUUUUAUCCACCUGCCAGCGGCUGCUUCAACGGAAUCGCAUUAAUGCGACUGCAGGCUGCACACCAGGUUCAGCCUCGCGCGGCCAACACCGCCUCGCACGACUAGCGGUUGUCAAUUAGUUACCAGAGCACGCGCACAGUUAUUGACCCUCGCGUAGAAUGACGCUCGCCGCUGCGCGCGCAGCCCUGGCGCCUCGAGGCGUGCUCCGUGCAGCUAUCAAUCUGAGCAACUUUUUACUUGUCUCAGAUCAGACCGGGGCGACGCCGCGCGGCAUCUCGCCGUCGCUUUGUGGCGCGUUGGCACAGCGUUUAGAAGUGCCGCUGGAACUCGUCCCGUAUGCCAAUCCGGGCCUCCUCGCCGACGCCGCGACGAGUGACGAGUGGGACGUGGGCCUGAUCGGCGCCGAGCCGGCGCGCGCGGCGACGAUCGCGUUUACUAGACCAUACGCUCAUCUGGAAGCCACGUUUCUGGUGCGCGACGGCUGCCCGGCCCGGCGCUGCGACGACGUCGACGCGGAGGGCUACUCGAUCGCGGUCUCGCGGCGAGCGGCGUACGCGCUCAAGCUGGAGGCGUCGCUGGCCUCCGCGACGCUGAAACAAACGGCGGAACCCGGCCUGCCGGCCUCCGCGGACCUGUACUUCGCGGAGUCCUGCGACGCGCUCGCGGGCUUGCGACCCUGGCUGCUGGGCCUCCUGAAGAACGACGAACGCUUCGUCGGAUCGCGAGUUCUCGACGGCCGCUUCCACGUCGUCGAGCAGGCCGUCGGCACGCCGAGGGGCCGCGGCGACGCGGCGCUCCCGUUCCUGGAGGCGUUCGUCGCCGAGGCGACGGGCGGCGGCCUCGUCGCCGAGCUCAUCCGCGAGCAUGGGGUCGAGGGGAAGGUUGUUGUGGCAUCUUAGCGAUACUAGUGUGUUUCGUCGCCGAGCUCAUCCGUGAGCAUGGCGUGGAGGGGAAGGUUGUUGUACCAUCUUAGCUAUGGCUAUGGCUAGUUACGUCGCAGGGUCCCCCGUACCCCUCCCGCUCCCCCCGGGCCCACCCGUCCGGCUGGACUAGGACGCAAGGGCUGAGUCACAUGGACUCGCACGCCCCUCCCUUUUUUGGGACGACCCCCGUCAGGAUGUGGAACUUAGCGAUACUAGUAUGUUUAUGCGCGCUAUUUGUCUCUUCGUCCCGGCUUUGGGCAAAAGUGGUUGUGAGUAGAGAAUAGAGCUCUAGCAGCUUGCGUGCUUGGGCAUUUAUUCCUUAAAGGUAGCAGCCGUGUAGACGAUACUGCUACACGUGCACCGCUAUUGCUCAAGAAACUCGAGCCACUUCCUGCAUGGGCACCAAACAUAGCAAGCCAGCGAAGAUGAGCACCCAGCACACUGUUGACGCCACUGGCGGCGACGCCGAGGUCGCAUACUUUGCGCUCGGCUGAUUCUGGACCCCGGAGCCCGCCUUUAAGCGGCUCCGGGGCGUACGUGCGACGCGUGUCGGCUACACCGGUGGCCAGACGGACUCGCCAACGUACAGCAAGGUCUGCUCCGGCAAGACCGGCCACAGCGAAGCGGUCAAGGUCGUCUUCGAUCCGUCGACCAUCUCCUACGCGGAGCUCGUCGACAAGUUUUUCUCGCUGCAUCCGUAUCAGUACGAGUCGAAGCCGCAGUACAUGUCGGCCUUGUUUUAUUUGAACGAAGCGCAGCGCGAGGUCGCCCAGGCGAAGAUCAACAAGCUCAAGGCCGGCGGCGCGACGGUAGCGACAAAGCUACUCCCGGCGACCAUGUGGCACGACGCUGAGGAAUACCACCAGAACUAUCACGCCAAGAAUUCAAAAAUGUGGUAG